CAAACCGAUGCACUCGAUACUCAACAUUCACUCCACCCCUUAUUUCCUUUAUGAUAAUAAAAGUUAUAUGUAACUAGUUGGAAUGGAAAAUGUAUUUGCUUGAUGGGAAUUGUUUAAAUGAAUGCAGGAUUGGAAUUGUUCCUAUUCCAAUCAAUCACACUUGAAAGAUGGCAUAACCAUUCCAAGUGCGGAGCUGCAAUACACUAACGCUAGUCUCCACAACAGCAACUGUUAUGACGAUAGUCUCUAUCCUGACGCCCCACUGGGUCUCAUACUCAGUUACAGCCGACACGGGCUCGAAAUUUACGAAAUACAUCGGGCUUCAUAAGAGUUGUUCCUCGGUCGACGACCCAUCGUGUCGGCCAUUCCCGAACGACGAUGACUGUCGCGACGACCAGUUCUUCUGCUCCAUGUGGAGGAGCAGCGGCUUCCUCAUCUCUUUCGCCACCAUCGUCGAGCUCGCGACACUGAUCACCUUCCUCGUCGUCAUGGCUGGAGGCAAGUACAAGCGCGAGACGGGCUGGAAGUUGAUCGGCUGCUUCCUAAUCGCCGACGCCGCGGUCGAGUUUGCAAGCAUGGGCAUUGUAGCCUACCUCUUCGACACAGAUUCUCAAUUCGUCAUCCCUGGCUGGUCCCUGGAUUGGUCCUGGAUCCUAUGUACCGUCAGUGCCACUGUCUCUGUCUUAAUUGCGGCAAGUCUGGCGGCCUCCGCCUGGCUACUUCCUCCGGAAGACGACUACGAAUAUCUGGAGGACCCAAUGGAUGCCUAAAAAAGAAACGGCCCAGGGGGUCAUAUAGGCGGAUGAAUGAAUUGAUGAUGAAAUGGAUGGAGUAUAGAUCUCCGUCGCGGGGCCUCCGACCUUGGAAACGACAUGAAACGCCAUGCAGGAGGUAAUUAGAACACCAAUUAUCUUGUUCGGUGAGGGUUUGAACUGGGAAAUAGUGCUGCGGUGUUCUCCGUCGGUGGGUGUGUGGUAUAUACACGGCAUGUGGCGUUUUUGGGAGGGUCUGCUUUUUGUUUCUUUUGGCUGCAUUAG